AUGGGCGUGAACUCAGACGACUAUGGAAAACUUCUAGAAGACUUGCCUCACGUGGAGCCGUGGAUGGGCAUUGGGACCGCCUAUUGCGGCGUUGCCAAUCGAAUAUCUUACCCAUUUGAACCUGAUGGGACCAAGUACUGCGAUAGAUGCUGCUUGCGCAUCCUCACUAGUCGCCAUCCAUUUGGGAAGAUAGCCGGCGCUUUAUCCUCCGAUGGCCGUUGUCACUCAUUUGAUGAUGCAGCAAACGGCUACGGUCGUGGUGAAGGAGCAGUUGUGGCUAUUCUCAAAGGUAUGGCAGAAGCGGUCAUGGAUGGUGAUCACAUUCUGGCUGUCCUUAAAGGGACGGCCGUGGCCCAGGAUGGGCAUACGAACGGAAUCAUGGCCCCCGACCAGAAAGCGCAAGAGCUGGUAGCGAGAAAGGCGCUGGAAAUAGCUCGGGUUGACCCGAACACUGUCGAUUACGUGGAGGCCCAUGCGACUUCGACACCAGUGGGUGAUCCAACAGAGGUAUCCGCAAUUUCUACUGUGUAUGGGAAGGGUAGACGUCCAGAUAAGCCAUGUUACAUUGGGGCAGUCAUGUCGGUACAGAAGGGCAUUUUACCCCCUCAAUCCAAUCUCAAGACACUGAACACCAAGGUGGACUGGAGUGAGGGGGUGCCAGUGGUGCGACAGUGUGAAGAAUGGCCGGACUCGGGAUACCCACGCCGUGCAGGCGUAUGUUCCUAUGGAUACGGCGGGACCGUCUCUCACGGAAUUAUUGAGCAGUAUAUCGAGCCAGAUCCACCGAUCAGCUCGAAGGAACAAUGGCCAAAGAAGACCCAAAUUCUUCUUCACUCAGCGCCGCAGAGAAGGCAACUCGAGAUCCAAGCAGCCACACACGUCAAGUGGAUAUCCAUUGAUGGAAAGCAACAUGACCUGGGGUGUGUUGCAACCACACUGGGAACGCGUCAAAAUCACCGCAAGCACCGGGCUGCAUUCGUUAUUGAAAGCCACGACGAUUCAGCAAGGAAGCUAAGUGCUUUUGCCUGCCAGUCCCCUCUAAGGUGGAGCACAUCAGGUGGAAUUACAGAGAGUGACAGUAAGCCUGUGGUCUGGGUAUUCUCGGGACAUGGCGCUCAAUGGGCAGACAUGGCCCAAGAACUACUUCGUUAUUCGAUUUUUCGGAGUGUUGUUGAUUCAGUCGACACAAUCGUGCAGGAAGAGAUGGGAUUUUCAGCCAUUCAGGCGAUGAAGUCGGGGGUACUUGGCGGCUCGGACCAAGUCCAAGUUUUGACCUACCUCAUGCAAAUAGGACUGAGUGGGGUCCUGCGUUCCCAGGGCGUCAGUUGUAAUGCAGUCAUAGGCCACUCGGUUGGAGAGAUUGCAGCGUCAAUUGCAGCGGGGUACAUUACACCUAUUGAAGGAAACCUUACCAUCACUAGGCGUGCGAAGCUCCACCGUCGUUUUAUGGGAGCUGGAGCCAUAAUUCUAGUUCGUGCCUCCUUCGAGGAAAUGACAAGGGAGAUCAACAUUCAGGAUUCCGGAAGCCUUGUGGCAGCGAUAAUCUCGUCCCCAUCGUCGUGUGUUGUCUCAGGACCAAAAGAAGAGGUCGAGAUUUUCGGGGAAAAUCUCAAGAGCAAAGACAUUAAGAUAUUCCGCGUGGAUACUGAUAUUGCGUUUCAUCACCCUAUACUUCCUGCGGCCGCAGAGGAUCGCAAGCGGCUCUUCUUAGAGAUCUCACCGCACCGUAUAGUUUCUCAUUCAAUUGAGGAAACUUUGCUCGAUAUUGGCGUUGGAGAUUUCAUCGUGACAAACACCAUGCUGCGCGAGACACCAGCGGAGAGAACUAUCUUGUACAGUAUGGCUCAGCUUCAUUGCCAAGGGGCGAAUGUCGAUUGGAAUCAACAUAUGCGAGAUACCUGGGCUCCUAACGUACCCACAACAACCUGGAAUCACCGGUCAAUAUCCAGGCAGAUCCAGGCACGGUCUGAAGAAUCAAGUAGAGUGCAUGAAGUCGACAAGCAUAAUCUUCUCGGCCAGAGAACUAGUGUCGCGGGCGAUGACAUUAUUGUCUACGAAACAAGGCUUGAUAGACAGACAAAGCCAUUUCCAGGGAGGCGUCCGGUGCAUGGCUGUGAGAUUGUCCCGGCCGCUGUCCUGGUGAAUACUUUCCUUCAAGGGACGGGAGCUCGAGUACUCUAUAACCUUUGUUUGCGUAUACCUAUUGCUGUCAGCGAGCCCCGUCAGGUUCAGUUAAUCGUGCAAUCGAAUCAGUCCCGCCUAUGUACCUGCCUCGUUGAAAACAAUGGUAUCGAAACCGGCAGUAACUGGCUGACGCACACAACAAGCUACUGGACUGCCGAACAAGAUGAGCAACCGACCACCAAAAUAGUCAACAUUGAAGCAGUCAAAGCCCGUAUUAACAACAAGCUCAAAAGCAGCUUCAGCAUCGGGUGCCUUGCAUCUGUUGGGGUCUCAGAUAUGGGCUUCCCAUGGGCCGUCACUGAGCAUCAUGGUGACUUGGAUGAGAUGGUCGCUCGGGUGGACGUAAGCCCCAACAGUAACAGUGGCAAAGCGCCUUGGGAUACACAUCCUUGGGCACCAAUCUUAGACUCGGCAACAUCAGUGGCAUCGACAUUGUUCUUCGAUAUGCCCCGCCUCCGGAUGCCUGCUCAUGUCGAGGAGGUGAGGAUCCUAGUUCAACAGCCACCUCCAAAGAUAGCCUUGCUGUAUAUCAAAAAAGCCACGGAUAGUGAUUAUACGGCACAUAUCAGUAUCCGCAAUGGAGAUGGAACAGUCCUCAUCCAAGUAAGCUCAAUGAGGAUUUCGGAAAUUGACGGAACAUCUGAGAAUAGAGGCAGCCUGGAUGGACUGGUCCAUCAGCUGGCGUGGUCACCUGCAACCUAUAGCGAAAGCCCCCUGCACAUCAACCAUAUUGUUCUCAUGUCCAGAAAUGAGGUAUUGGCUAAUAGUUACGUGGCCUCUAUCGAUCGUGAAACGCAGACAGUCACCGUGCUAACCAUCCCAGAGGGGUUGAGUGAACUCGCAGGAAGUGUAAGUGUUUUGAAUCAGAAGAACGCAAUAAUUACCUAUAUCCCUGGGUUUAUUUCCAGUCCUGGUGGCAUCUCAGCUGCCUCGCAAGAGUUUGUCUCUGAUCUUUUGGAUCUCGUGAGAUUCAUCUCUAUCUCCGCACUCACAGUGAAGGUCUUUGUACUUGCUCAGGGGGUGCUAAAGGCCGAAUCGGUCACAUCACUGGCUCAGACGCCUCUGCACGGGCUCUCACGCAUCAUUGCAUCAGAGGUUCCAGACACUUGGGGGGCACUAAUUGAUUUAGAGGUGCCGGCAUUUCCAUUGGCCAUUAUUAAAUAUAUUCAACAAACCGACAUAGUUCAGGUCUCGGACGGCAUUCCGCGUGUUGCCCCUCUACGGCCAAUACCACGCAGCAAAGCACUACCCCCUCCAGAGCAUCAUUCACUUCUCCCUCACCCUUCAGGAACAUACUUGAUCACUGGCGGUUUAGGAGAUUUAGGUCUAGCGACUGCAGAAUCCCUUGUCCAAAAAGGAGCACGCCGAACCAUUCUAGUCUCCUGUCGUCCACUCCCCCGUCGAAGAGACUGGGCUUCUGUUGUCCACUCGUCCUCGUCAAUGGCACCUGCCAUCCAAAAGAUCCAAUCAAUGGAGACUCGCGGAGCUACUAUUCAGGCAAUCUCAGUGGACAUAGCAUCGCAUAAUGCAGUCUCACAACUUUCCAGUCGCAUAGAUGACCUAUUCCUUCGGGCGCGUCCUUGCCCAAAAGUCGCAGGCUCACUCACCCUAAACACGCUAUUCCCGCCGAACAUAUUAGAUCUCAUGGUCCUGUUCUCCUCGUGUGGCCAAUUUUUUGGUUUCCCUGGGCAAGCAUCGUACGCUUCCGGCAACGCAUUUCUCGAUGCUCUCGCGACUUAUCGCUCCCAGGGAGAUAAUACUGUCGCUAUGCAGUGGACAAGCUGGAACGAGAUAGGCAUGGCGACUAGCUCUGCGUUUGUCAAAGCCGAGCUCGCGACCAAGGGAAUCACGGGCAUCUCUCGGGAAGAGGCAUUCCAGGCCUGGAUGCACAUCUCCAAGUACAACAUUGAUCACGCUGUAGUACUCCUAGGCCAUACAUUAGAGGAAGGGGAGCCACUGCCACUUCCCAGCCCGCUACUCGCUGAUAUUGCAAUCCGGAAGAUAUCUUCAUAUCUCAUCCCACCACCAACCCCCAUUAGCUGCUUCUAG